AUGAAUUGCUUACAGAGAGAAGAUAUAUUUACGAUACCAAACCUGCUGUCAACUCUCAGGAUAUUGGCAACACCAGUCCUUGGUUAUCUGGUAAUAACAGAGGAUUUUGUCAGCUCUCUAGCUUUGUUUGGUGUCGCAGGAAUCACAGAUAUGGUGAGAUUAUGCUUCGGUUAUUAGAAUUUAUGCUGCACGAUCAUCCAGUUUUGAUAAUCACUCAGAUGAUUCCAACAACAACAACAACAAUCUUUGUUUGUACUCACUCUUGCUCAAAAAUAAAUUACAACAAUGAAAAUAUUAAAAGUAAAAAUCAGAGUACUGGCUGCCUGGAAUAACCAUGGGGGCUAGUGGAGCCAGGCAGCCAGUUGACAUCAGCAUUGAAUAAAAUUAAAUUACUGGUCAGCAAGAAAACUGAAGCACAAAAUAUAAUGCACGCAUGAAAGGAAAAGAAAAAAAGGGUGAAGAGGAAAAAUGCUAUUUCUACGCUAUGAAGGAAGUAUAAAAUAGUUAAAUUUAUAAAUGAAUACAAAACAUUAAUAUAAGAAGAACUUGAAAAGGUGACAGAAUUUAACAAAAGACUAAUUUACAGGUAAUUUGGGAAACAACACAACUGGUAAUAAGGAUACAAGUAACUAAUAAUCUUUAAGAAGAUCAAAUUGGAUUCCACUCGGUCCUAUUAGCAAUGACCACUUCUUUAUAAGCACUGAUUUCUGAUUGGGUUUAUGGUUGCCUUGAAUACCAUCUACUAAACAUUACUAACACUUGUCAGUGCACCCAAACCUGGUACCCAUUAUCCCAUGAGAUUCUGAAGUGGGGUACUUGUAUCUUCUAAUCUGUGCAUUAAAAUAAUAUGAAUCACCAAUGAUGCCGCCAUGAGAGCUUUGAAUGUGAGUAUUCACAUUUUCUUUCUGUAGCUUGACGGUUUCAUAGCAAGAAAUUUUAAAAACCAGAAGUCCGUUUUGGGAACCAUUUUAGAUCCGCUGGCUGACAAGAUCCUCAUGUCUGUGCUGACAGUUUCUCUAACUUUGGUGUCUCUUUUACCAGGUAAUGUUGUUUGGUAAAAAGUAAAAUAAAACCUUGACUAUAAUAUAUGUACUACAGUCAAACUCCGUUAAAAGGGACACUGAGGGGGCCACAAUAAGGGUCUGUAUUAAGCAGGUUGAAUUUAGCUAAAAUAUAAGGGCUUUCUUUCCCCAGGGGCAAAGCAAACUGUCUGUAAUAAUGAAGUGUCCAUAUUAAGCAGGUGUCUGUAAAGCGAGGUUAAUGACUGUACUAGUGGUGUGAUUUUUUUUUUCGCAUGCAUGGCAGCCAUUUGUAGUGGAAAGGAGAGAGGAAAUUAAUGCAUGGGAGAGCCCAUUGGGCGUGGGACAAAUGGGGGACAGAAAUGCCUGCAAUGACCAAGACCAUCGUUAGGAAUCAAGUUUUGUCAUUAUUCUUGGGGCUUAAAGUGUCAAAUGACAGCCAGUGUGAUCUAUGAUUUUACCACUUUUUAGAGGGCAGGACUUGAACCUGAGACCCACCACUUAGACUGCGAGCAGUCUCUUAUUUUCUUUUUGUGUCACGGUGGAUUGAGAGCAUGCUGCAUAGUUUUAUUUUUUUUCUCGUCUUCGGUUCUGGGGAAAAAAGGAUGACCUCUUAGCCACCAUUAACAGUACCAUGCUCUUUGUACUGCGCAGCAAUCCACUAACCUUGGCAUGUUUUUCUUUUCAGUUCCUCUAACUGCAUUGAUCCUCAGUCGAGAUGCUCUUCUUAUUGGUUAUGCAUUUUAUCUCAGAUUUAAAUCUCUUCCCUCUCCCGUGAGUAUGAUUUGUUCUUCUAAACUGAACAAAGAGUCAGGGUGUUUGUUAAUGGUUUAUUGAUGUAUUGGGAGCAACCACAUGUUGCCUAAGCUCGAAACAUUUGUCAUAUGUGCUUUAUGUAUUGCUGCAUAACCUUCAAAUGCGUUAAAGGAUUCUAUGGGUGUUAUUGGAACAAUAAAACUGAUGAAAUCGCCAUAAAUCGGCUGGUGGAUCACACAGGAAAAGAGAAACACAGAACAUUAGUGAGGCUGGCAAGUACUAUUGAUACCAUUUCACAUAUUUCGUACUCCCUAGGUUACACCAAAGAAACAAUUGUUUUUUCUCCAUAAAACUUAUCCUUAUAUUUUGA